AUGCAAAAAGUGUUGAGUCUUAACAGGUUUUUUUUUUUUUGCAAAAUGGAUAAAAAAGGUGUGUCAGUUGUGUUUAUUGAUGACAUAUAUGCACGAUACUCAGAUGAUUAUUCAGUUAAAGAUCACAGUAAAAAUUCAGUUUUCUCCGUUAUAAGACCUUUGUUUUCAGUUCCCGUAAAGGAACUACCACAGCGGUUCUUAAUAUCGCUGGUUCCUCCAUUGACAACACGUUAUCGUUAUAUUUAUUCAGACUUGUUGGGUCCAGUAGUCAUCUUGGUCAUGUUGGCAGCGCUGUUGCACUAUGGGCAUGCAUCCAAGCUGCCGUCUGCUGCGACCAGCAUCUCGCCCGGGGAAGCGCUGGCGGGGUACGUGGCGCUGGUCCCCGCACUGUCGUACGUGUUGGUCCGCGCAGGUGCGGCACGGAUAACGAUGCGGGAACUGCUGUCGUUGCUGGGCUACGGUCUGUCAGGCCACGUCCUUGCACUAGGGGUGUCCCUUGUGUUCUACCACGAGAUGAGCAACACCUUCUUCUACUGCUGCCUCACUUUGUUCGGAGGCCUGAGUGCCUUGCGCGUUGCCCUUGUCUUGCUGGCCGUCAUCCCCGUUCUCGCUGCCCGUCUCAUUGUGUGCAGCGUGGUGGCAACAGUGCAGCUUCUGUCCAUCCUCUUUCUACACUUUGCCUACAUGCACCGCACUUUUGUUUACGGGGCAGCCAGAGUCCACAAGCACUGACGGGUUGUCUUGGUUAUAACUGUUCAACUGCAGUCAUCUCUUCCCAGUCUAGAAUCCUGACCAAAAUGUACUACAAGUAUACACGCGUGGAACCUGAUUACCGGGAGUAGUCUUAUAUUUUGUAGGCAUGUUGAAUAUGUCAGAAAUAUACCAGUUGUUAUAUUUGGACAAAUAUGAAAACAUUAUUUUUCAAUUAAUCUCUUUUUGUGCAUAUUUUGUUUGGCAGAACAUGUUACCUAUUUCUAAAUUAUGUUUAUUAUUUAUUUUGUGGUUAAUGAGUUUUAUCUGUUUAAAAUAAUUUUAAGUAAAAAAUACACAUUUUUAAAGUAAGAUCUCAUUGUAUUUUUGUUGUAAUACAUCUAGCUGAAAUAAAGUUUGAAAUUUUGAAUAACUUUCUUCAACA